UGCGGCCACCGGGACCAAACGGGCGGCAUGGCAGGAGACGUGGACUGCGGAGAAGGGGCUCGCGCCCGGCGGCACGUGUUCCUAGUCCCAGAGUAUUUAAAAGAUGCUUCAAAGAAGAUGAAAAGUGGGCUUAUGUUUGUAAAACUGGUUAACCCAUGUUCAGGGGAAGGAGCCAUUUACUUGUUCAAUAUGUGUCUACCGCAGCUGUUUGAAAUAGUUUUCAAGGAAAAAAACCAUUCUUGGUUUAUAAAUGAAUCAGGAGUUCUUCUUCACUUUGCCACACCCAUGGACCCUCUGUUUCUGCUUCUCCACUACCUUAUAAAGGCUGAUAGAGAGGGAAAGUUUCAGCCCCUGGAUCAAGUUGUGAUGGAUGACAUGUUUCCGAAUUGCAUCCUGUUGCUGAAACUUCCUGAACUUGAGAAGUUACUUCCACAUGUGACAGAGGAGAAAGAAAUAGACAAGAAGAAAUAUUACAAGUACAGCAAAGAGAAGACAUUAAAAUGGCUGGGAAAAAAGGUUAAUCAGACUAUGGCAGCAUUAAAAACCAAUAAUGUAAAUGUCGCUGCCCGGGUACAGUCUACUGCAUUUUUCUCUGGUGACCCGGUUUCCAGUGACAAGGAAGAGGAUUAUAUUUGUUAUACCCAUGGUCUGAUAUUUGAUUACAUCCCUGAAGAAUUAAGUGAUGACUUAUCUAAAUAUUUAAAGCUUCCAGAACGUCCAGCUUCAGUGCCAAACCCUCCAUCAAAGAAAGUAAAGUUAUCAGAUGAGCCCGUAGAAGCAAAAGAAGAUUACACUAAGUUUAACACUAAAGAUUUGAAGACUGUAAAGAAAAACAGCAAAAUGACUGCAGCUCAGAAGGCUUUGGCUAAAGUUGACAAGAGUGGAAUGAAAAGUAUUGAUUCCUUUUUUGGUGUGAAACAUGUUAAAAAAUUGGAAAGAUUUGAAACAUUGAAAAUUAAAUUGAGCAAAAAUAUUUGCCUUCUACAUGUCCCAUUUUCAUCCUUCCUCCAUUCCACUGUACUUCCUAACCCUCAAUUACCACCUUUUGAAAAAAAGUAGGACGGGGGCAAUUUUCAGAUUCACUUGAAC